AAACGUUGGCGCCCAAAAGAAUACAGUAGUUGGACCUGAUAAAUAAUUUUUUUUCUCGAAUUAUAUUUUUCGGUGAAUUUUGGUGCAAUCUCCUUUUCGCAGAAAUUUUAAUUUAAAAUCGUACCUGCAGGAUGCAAAAACGCGGCGCGGAAUCUUUCGGGUAAAACUGAAGCAAUCUUUAACAUUAAUCUCUGAUAAGCACUGGGUGAUGACAUAAUUUUGCUUGAUAAAAUUAUUUUGUCAACUUGAAAAAAUAUGUUUUAUAAAAAUUAUAUAAAAUCAUAAUAUAAAUCGUAAAAAAAGAUGUAGAUAACAGUAACAGAUAACAUUCACACAUAUCUCGCAUUUCAGCAAUGACUUCAUUCAGUAUUAAUAUAUACUGGGUAUCAAAAAUGUUUUAAUCAUUUAUGCAUUGUUAUAUUUAUAUUUAAGUUUGUUUUAAAUUACAUAAUUAUUUGUAAAAAUUAAGAAUUGCCAGGUGACAUGCUAAUUUCCUAUUUUGUAAAAUGCACAUUUUUGAUGGUUUUGCUUUCAUAUUUUUAUUCAUAAAAUACUGAUAUCAAUCGAUUAAUAUAAAAAAAAAUACAAUUGCUUUUAAAAAAGAUAUGCAAUUAAACUGCAAUUUCAUGUCAAUAAAAUUAUCUGUCAUAAAGAUUUGGCUUACAAUCUAAUUAAAAGUGAAAUACAAUUAAAUUUAAAUAAAAUAAAAAUAAAAUAAUAUAAAAAUACAAAACAAAAAGAAACUAAAAUGUCAAUAAUAAUAAGGGAUAUGUCUUGCAAGAAGAAAUCGGGAUCAUGGAAUGACAUGGACGAGUUGAAGUAUCUGAUAUGUGCUAUUGACUGUAGCAAAUGCCCAAGUAUUUCACCACCGCCGUCGCACAGCAUAAUUUUGCCCCCGAGAAUUGAAGAAAUUCCUUGCGAGAUCCGAGCCCGGAGACCGCCUUGCGUUCCGCCACCUCGAUGUUGUCCGAUAAUACCUGGACCUUGCUGUCCUUGGCUUUUAACACCUUCGAUACUUCCGGCAACGUUACCGCAAUCAUCACCGAAUCCGUACUGUAAUCCUUGCCGCCCUUGCGGUCCACUACCAUGUUUAAACGAAUAAGAAUCAAGAAUUUUAAAGAAGAAAAAAACGUACAAAAUUAAUUGAUUGUCACGUCUCUUAUAUGAAUGACAUUCAAUUUCAUGGAAAAUUUCCAGAAAACUAAAUAUGAUUUCUUUCAUAAUUUAUUUUCUUUUUGCCAUAAAACAUUUUUGAUUAAAAUGUUAAUAGAAUUUGCAAUGUUUUCUAUCAUAAAAUAAGUAAAUUGUGAAAGAAAACAUAGUUGGCUUUCCUUUUUGGAAAUUUUUCAUGAAAUUAUGUCAUUCUUGAUCACGAUUGGCAAUCAAUGUGUUAAUACGUCGUACAUUUAUUUUAGUUUAUGCCAGCUUGGAAUAGCCAACGAGCAAAGAGGAAAGUCUUUCUUAGCAGAGAAAUAAAGGAAAGAAAUUUAUUACAAAUCCAUAUAAAACAUUCACAUUUUACUCGAUUUUAACGGAAAGUCCAUACGUUCAGCCGACAGAGUCUAAUCAAAAUAUCGGAUAUCUUUUUUUUUAUCUCUUUUCGGGAAAACGAGCUCGAUGCAGCCACAGCGAUGUCAAAAUAAUACUGACGAUCGCGUUUCGUAGAAUUGCAUGAUAUGUUCCAAAUAAAAGCGUCACCACCAUUCUUAUACAAUACAAACAGGAUCACAUUCGUACAUCACACGCAAUGAGUUCUAUCAUGGCCUGAAUCAGAUAUCGGCAUCUGAAGCUAUUUUACCUACAAGAUUACUUUGCUUGGUCGGUUGCUUUUGUUGAUCCCACUCCCGCGACAAGAAUACCACCCAUAUUCGUGCAUUGCUUGAAAAUUCCGAUAUUGGCGAACGCAUUCUUAUUGAUCGCGUUUUAUAGCAGAUACGCUCUCCUUUAAGUCAUUCAAAUUAUUCGGUUAAAGGAUUCGUGCAUCGCAGAUUUUGAUGAAGUAGUUUCUUUCCGUUCAGAAAAUCGCUGCUACGAAUCUCCGUGAUUCUUUUUUAAUCGAGCAAGUUUUAAUCAGUACGGAUCUGCAUCUUUGAUCUAUUAUCGCGGAUUUUCACCCCGCGAGAAAUAGUUAAAAUGUCUGUACAAAUUAGUGUUUUUUUUUUACAAUUAAUCUCCCAGCAAACAUGAUGACGUGUUAUAGUAAAAUUAAUAGUCAAAAGUACGUAUUUUAAUGAUGACCUACAAUGUACAUCUUUUUAAUGUGAUUUUAAUGUCAUCUUAAUUAGCUGGUGCUAAUCAAUAAAAUUUAUUUUACUUUUAAUGUAACGUAUUUGGUCGAAAAUAACAUGUUUCAGACAAGUCUAAAUGAUAUUAUAGAUAUAUAAUAUUUUGACGUUAUUUCUAUUUAUUUCCAUUGAAGUUAUAUUUUGGUCAUUAUGACAUAUCACGACAUAUUGACAUCAUUUGCUAUGCUUAAUAUUCGAAGUAGUGAAGCGAUUGUUCAGCAAACAUGAUAUCAAUUUAUCUUUCUCGUGACUUUCUCAUUAGUUACGUCCUAAUGAUUAAAAUAGAACUUCAAUGGAACGUAAAAAUAAUGCUGAAAUGUUACUGAUAUUGUCAUUUAAAAUUAUCUGAAAGACAUUAUUUUAGAGUUAUUAAAAAAACAAAAAUACAUUUUUUUCAUGAAUGUGAACAUAAUAAAGUUACAGUUUUUACUGAUUUUUAUAUAUGCAAAAUAGCUUUUCUAUUACUUACUUGAAUAUAACAUAUUAAUAUAUUGAUAAAAUAUAAUUAAAUUCUUUCAUCUUUUAUACUUAAUUAUAUGUAACAAACUAGCUAGUGAUAUAAUUUAUAUUAUAUAAAUUACGUCACUACAUACCACAUAUAUUUGAGAUAGACGUAAUAAUGAAGCAUAAUUAAAAAUGACAUAAAAACACAUAAAAAGAACUUAUAUGGUAUUGUAGAUUUAUUUGACGUCAAUAAUCCUAAAAAUACGUUCUUUUGACAUCAUUAAUACAUCAUCAUGCUUGUUAGAUGACUUCCCUGUUAUCAGCUGAUAUCAUUAAUUAUUGUUGUUGCGUAGCGCGCGCGCGCGCACACACACACACACACACACACACACACACACACACACACACACACACACACCGUCGUGCGCGACACGUAUAGUCACAUACACACUUAUACGUAAAAAAAAAUUCGAAGGAUUUUCGAGUGCUCGCCGAUUUCGAAAGGACAAAACCCCGAGGACUCACUUUUCUGUCCGAAAAUCCAAGUGCGUGCGAAUCGCAAAUUUUGUCAAAGUCUAAAAAUCAGAGAAAUUCCGAAAUUUAUUACAUUACGCGCCAGUAGUGUCCGAAUCUUUCGAUUCCCUCUCUCGUCAAGGAUCGAUCGAGACUCAGAGUAGCUGUUCCCAGACGAUGUCCUCGGACCCAGGGGCAGCUGCCCCUGAGCGUUAUCGAGAUUUAGUCACCAGAGACGCAUACGAGCGUCGUUGUGAAAGAGCGCGAUUAAUACAACAGUGCGUACGCGGAUAACUUACACGGGUCUAUCACAAAUUACUCUAUUGUACAUUUUCGAUGUGAAUAAACUUAUUGUAACAGUCAGACGAAAAC